CCAAACGCCAAUCAAAGAAACGGAGAUAUCUGUUAAAUGAAAAGAAACAGAAUCUUUUGACAACAGUUUAUUUAUGAGCAGCCUGAUUGGUUUUAAUUUUUCUGUUUACAUUUUAGUUCGUGCUGGGUAUGUGUGUGAGGUGCGCGUGUGUAUCAAAGUUUUAAAACUUCUACGAAAGUAAUAUCAAAUAAACAUUUCAAGAAGUUUUGACUUAAAAUGGCUUUCAAUUGAAUUAAAACCAAAUUGUUUAAUACAUUUACUUAUUUGGAUCGACUUUUGGCAUGUCUGGAGUGACUUUGGCGGGUGGUGGAUCUACUACCACCUUGGGUUCUGGAAACCCUGGUGCAGUCGAACUCACGGAUGCUGCUGGAGGUAGAGCCCUCAAACUCCAAACGGACACUCCACACUUGGUUAGCAUAGGCGGCGACAGACUGAGUACUUCGGUAACUUUACACCCUAUUCCUCAAGGUCGGGUGACGGUGGGGAGCGGUCCCGGAGUUGACAUUCCCGUCCAGGGCACGGGGGUGCUUCCCCUACAUUGCCAUAUCGAAAACAGCGAAGGGAUUGUGACCAUCUACCCGCUAUCCGAGAAUCUCUCCAUCGACGGAGUGAGGGUGACUACCCCUACGCGAUUAUCUCAAGGUUGUAUGCUCACAAUUGGCAGGUCCAAUUACAUGAGAUUCAACCAUCCAGCCGAAGCGAAACUUAUGAAAUCGGUGUUACCGAAUCCCAGAAUCUCAAUGGCACCAAUCAACUUCGAACCGGACAGUUCCUUCAUGAGUAAGUUCAACAAGAAGCCUCCAGUAGCUCCUCGGAAAAGUCCAAGAGAAUCUCUUUCAGACAGCGGCAGCGACGAGCCUCCGUCUAGCGUGGUGACCAAAGUCUCAAAAUUCGAAUAUCUGGCAGCUCAAAAUUAUAAGAAAUCCAUAUCGCCGAAAGUUUUCCCGUCUAAUGUCGUUACCGUUAAUACUCCAGUUAAAGAUGUGAUAGGUAGAGCACCUCCCGAUCUAACCAGUUUCACCAAGAACUUACCUCAAAGCUCCCUAAAUUACGCCGAACUCAACUACAAUGAGAAACUCCAAGGAAAAAACACCAAUCAACCCACGUUCUCAAAAAAAAUCCAUCAAAGCCAGUAUGUCAACGUUACCGUUAACGAAACUAAAAAUAUCAAUAACAGGGUGAUAAUUUUCGAAAAUGGCUGCGUCCCGAAGAAUCCAAAUGUCAAUUAUGAAAAUGGCUGUAUACCGAAGAAUCCAAACGUCAAUUUCGAUCAUAACGAACUGAAUAAUAAGACCUCUAGUGCGAAUAAAAACAUUAACGUUAGCAGGGUGGUUACUCCUUCCCCUAAUUUUAAUAGGAAUCCCGCUUUUUAUAGAAGUGUUACUCCUAGUCCUGUAACGAGCAGUCCCAAAGUGAACCAUCGGAGAAGCGGUUCGCUUGGUGAACUAACUGACGGCAACUAUGACUGUUACGAAGAUUUAGAAAGAAGGAAAUAUGAUGCAGAGAUUAAAAGAAAUCAGGCACAACAAGACAGAAUAAAGGAACAGGAAAUAGAAAAAGCGGAACAACAGAGACUAGAAGAAAUUUUGAAUAUGUGUGCCGAAUACGAGAAGCAACAAUGCGAGAAAAAUAAACCUAUAACUCCAAACAGAAUUAAAACUAAUGGUUCUCUACCCAGAGACAAACGUGGCCAAUUCAGCCCUCCAUCUCCGAGCUACAGCUCCACCCCGCCACCGUCCCCUUUAGACAUCCUUCACAAUGAACUACUUAAACAAUCCAACCAACAUAACUACGAAAACGUCAACAUAACCUCUUCUCCACCAAACGGCGUACUUUACGAACAACACAUUGAUCUGAAAUCGCAGGAACCAGAAUUUCGAAACGUCGAAAGAAAGAGUCCCUACGAGAAUGUAUAUAUUCAACAUAACCCGCCAGGGCCGUAUCCUCCAUCGCCUAGGACGAGAAUCAAGACGUUUGUUACAUCAAAUAAAGAUAAUACCACAAAAGAAACUACAGAACUGAUAGAAAACAAAUUCGCCAUACUAGAAGCUGAACAAAUACUCUUGAGAGAAGCCGAACAAAUCCUAAAACAAAACUUACACAAUUCUAUGGAGUUUCCUCCUGACCACGACAUUUUCGACGUUACAGGGACCAAAGCAACACCUACGAAGUUCGUAUUUCCUGAUGAGAAUAACGUAGAAAUUGUAAAAAUACCAUCUCCUGAGCAAAAUUCGAAAAUCCAUAAUGAAUUUAAUUAUACAAAUAAUACAACCGUGAAUAAUGUGAGUUGUAACGGAACGGAUAGGAGCUACGAUGAACAGCACGAAGAAGAAAAAAUCGAUAAAAGUCGAUUGGAACAAUUGAAAAAAGAGAAAAAAGAAAUUUUGGCUGUUAUUUCGAGGAUUAAAAGGCAAAUGGCUGAGAUCGAGAUCCAGGAAGAAGAAUUGCAAAGAGAGACUGAAUUAGAAAGAGCCCUCAUCUCAGGCGAAUACAAAUCCAAACUUUUAGAUUUGGAGAAAAUUGAGACGCGUAAGCAAAAGCUCCAAAGGCGUUCCCAAAAAAUCGAAGACAAUAUGAGAGAUUGCCAAGCGAAACAGGAAGAAGACCAAAAGAAGUGCAAAGAAAAACUCAAAAUGGCUCAAGAACAUAUGUCCGAGGUGGACGCGAAAUUGUGUUCGACCACAAAACCUAGUCCAGAAUACGAAGAUGUAUUCGAGGAGUACCUCCAAGCACAAGAACAAUUGGACAACGAGAGGAAAGCUUUCGAGGAUCUGGAAUUUCAUCAUUUAGAAGAGGAAGCUGAUUGGUUGGCCAGCAGGGAGGAACUUCAGAGAGAAAUUUUAGACCUUUCCAAAAGAAUUGAACAUUUAACAUCCCAAGUACAGGAUUUAGAACAACAAAAGAUGGACACGUCAAAAACAAACUCACAAGAAUUCAAAACGAUAGAACGCCAAAAGAUGGAGUGCCUAAUGAGAUUAGAAGAAAUUCGAAACAGACUGAAAAGCAUAGACAAUGAACUAUUGAUAUAUUCAAACGAAGAAUCUGAACAAGAAGUCUCGAGCGAUACAGAUAGCGAUAAAUCGAAAGAACUGGAGAAACGACUGUCAAGCUUGUCGUUCGGCAAAGUGACAGACAUGAGUUGCUCAAUUAUUGUUAGUAAUACCAAAAUUCCCGAUAAUGAGAGUAUGUAUAAUAUGUCUCAAUCAUUUAAUGAGAAGAUGUUCCAAGAAAAAUCGAUUUUGGAAGUUGGAAUUGAAAGAAAAUUUCCUAGUCAAGACGAUAUAGACCGAAUAAGUCGAGUGACAUCAGAUGCCCCUAUCAUCAAUGAAGGACAAGAUUCGUUAGGAAGGAAAACCAUUGAAUCUCUGAAAGAAAUUGAACGGAAUAGACACAUACAUCUUUGUCAACAGGGGUCUCAAGUUAUAGAACAGGAAAGACAAAGAGUGAACGCUUUAAAACAACGGGUUCAAGAAGAAGUGAAAAGCAAGUGGGCCCAGCGAAUACAAGACUGCAAUUCAUUGAAUUCAUCUGGCUCAGAAGAAACACGUUUUAGUGAAGUAGACGAUGAACAAAAGAUUGAAACUAAGCCAACAACACCAGAAGAACAGGUGUUUAGAGAAUUGUCACGAGGAGAGUCAGAAAAUGCCGAAUCGCCAAGACCACUUUCAGAAACGAGCGAAAUGAGUUUGGAGGUUGGUACUCUCAAUAGGAAAAGAAAACCAAUAAGUGACAAACAACGACCUUUAACGAGGUACCUUCCAAUAAGAGGAUCUGAUUUGGACCUACGACAACAUAUUGAAUCUGCAGGUCAUCAAGUUGUGCUAUGUCCACAUGUCAUCAUAAACUCCAGUAUAUGCAGGGGUUACCUUCACAAAAAAGGCUCAAAAUUAAAUGGAUGGUCUAGAAGAUGGUUCGUGUUUGACAGGAAUAAGCAUACUUUUGCUUAUUACUUGGACAAAAGUGAGAAAAAAGCGCGGGGUGGAGCCUAUUUUCAGGCAAUUGAAGAAGUUUAUUUGGACCACUUAAAUAGCGUGAAGUCUCCCAAUCCCCAACUAACUUUUAUUGUAAAGACUCACGAACGCCUUUACUACUUAAUGGCACCAUCUCCUGAAGCGAUGCGAAUAUGGGUAGACGUCAUUUUCACAGGUGCUGAAGGGUACCGAGAAUUCGAAGCCGGUACUUGAUUUUUAUUUGGAAACAUUUAAGGUGCAAAUUUUAGAAAUGUUUCAUAUUUAUAUAUGUGCAUUUGUCAUUGAUGAAAAGAUCUUAUGUAAAAAUAUUUUUUAUAAUGAAGUGUCUAGUUUUUAUAUCAAUUUUGUAAAUAGAAUUGUUUAUGUAUUGUGAUAAGUUAGAUUUUCUCUAUACACAAAUCGAAUUGGAUUACACUUAUUUAUGGUGGUUACCGUAAUAACCGGAAUAUUUUUUAAUAAACCAUUUUUAAUCUAAUGUAAGUGCCUUUCACUAGAAACACUAUUACGUAUAAGAAAUUUUUAAUGUGUUUUAUACUAAGAAGACUGUAAACUCAAUCAUUAUUAUUAUUACUAUUGUGUUAACAAGUAUUAAAAAAUAUAUUAAUAUAUAAUUUU